CAUGAACAGAACUUCAUAUCAGUGCCUUCCUUCGUUCAUAUCAGUUUCUCAGAACAAACACAAAAGCAAAAAAAAAAUGGAACUUCUGCAAAAUGGUCAUAAACCUUUCGUUGUCAUGAAACCUUCCGAGUUGCCCCUAACCAAUAAUGGGUUUUCUAUACUCAACUCGCUCUCCGAAACUCAGUACCUGGGCAACAUAGAUCCUUCCAGAGUUUUCGUCACCAAGGUCAAGCGUCUCAUUGUGAAGGUUGGCACAGCAGUUGUUACUCGAAGUGAUGGAAGAUUAGCUUUGGGCAGAAUUGGAGCUCUCUGUGAACAGCUUAAAGAACUUAGUACUCAAGGGUAUGAAGUCAUUUUGGUAACUUCAGGUGCUGUUGGUCUUGGCAAGCAAAGACUUAGAUAUCGCAAAUUGGCCAAUAGCAGUUUUUCUGAUCUUCAAAAGCCGCAAGGUGAGCUUGAUGGAAAAGCAUGUGCAGCUGUUGGGCAGAGUAGUCUUAUGGCUCUUUAUGAUACCAUGUUUAGCCAGCUUGAUGUGACUUCUUCCCAACUUCUUGUGAAUGAUGGGUUUUUUAGGGAUGCUGGCUUCAGAAAACAACUUUCGGACACGGUGAAUUCAUUGUUAGAUUUAAGGGUUAUCCCCAUUUUCAAUGAAAACGAUGCUGUUAGUACAAGGAAGGCACCAUAUGAGCACUGCGUGCAGGAUUCCUCUGGUAUUUUCUGGGACAAUGAUAGUUUGGCUGGUCUAUUAGCCCUUGAACUUAAAGCUGAUCUUCUUGUUUUAUUGAGUGAUGUUGAGGGCCUUUAUAGUGGUCCUCCAAGUGACCCAAAUUCAAAGUUGAUCCAUACAUAUAUAAAAGAGAAACAUCAAGAGGAAAUUACUUUUGGAGAUAAAUCAAGAUUGGGCAGAGGGGGUAUGACUGCCAAAGUUAAUGCUGCUGUUUGUGCUGCUCAUGUUGGCAUCCCAGUAAUUAUAACUAGUGGUUAUGCUACAAACAACAUCUUACGAGUGCUUCAAGGGGAAAGAAUAGGCACUGUCUUUCAUAAAGAUGCUCAUCUAUGGAUCAAUAUGAAGGAAGUGAGUGCACGUGAAAUGGCAGUUGCAGCUCGUGAGGGUUCUAGACGACUUCAGCUCCUCAAAUCUGAAGAAAGGAGCAAAAUAUUGCUAGCAAUUGCUGAUGCAUUAGAGAAAAAUGAAAGUACGAUAAGGUUUGAGAAUGAGGUUGAUGUUGCUGAUGCAGUGGCUUCUGGAUAUGAAAAAUCCUUGAUAUCACGUUUAACAUUGAAGCGUGAGAAGAUCUAUAGUCUUGCAAAGUCUGUGCGUAAGUUGGCAGAUAUGGAAGAACCAAUUGGCCAAAUUUUGAAAAGAACUGAGCUAGCAGAUAAACUCAUCCUGGAGAAAAUAUCAUGUCCUUUGGGUGUUCUUUUGAUUAUAUUUGAGUCUCGACCUGAUGCCCUUGUUCAGAUAGCUGCAUUGGCAAUUCGAAGUGGGAAUGGUUUACUACUUAAAGGUGGAAAGGAAGCUCGACGAUCAAAUGCAAUCUUACACAAGGUCAUUACUUCAGUGAUGCCAGAUACCGUUGGUGACAAACUUAUUGGACUUGUGACUUCAAGAGAUGAAAUACCAGACCUACUUAAGCUUGAUGAUGUGAUAGAUCUAGUGGUCCCUAGAGGCAGCAAUAAGCUUGUUUCUCAAAUCAAGGAAUCAACAAAAAUCCCUGUUCUUGGUCAUUCUGAUGGAAUUUGUCAUGUAUUUGUUGACAAGUCUGCUAAUAUUGAUAUGGCAAAGCAGAUUGUUAGGGAUGCAAAAACUGAUUAUCCAGCAGCAUGCAAUGCAAUGGAAACUCUUCUUGUGCACAAGGAUCUAUCAAAUAAUGGUGGACUUAAUGAGCUUGUCCUUGAACUUCAGCGUGAAGGUGUUAAAUUGUAUGGUGGACCAAAAGCUAAUGGCUUACUAAACAUUGCUGAAACGAACUCUUUUCAUCAUGAGUAUAGUUCACUUGCUUGCACAGUUGAAAUUGUUGAAGAUGUAUUUGCUGCCAUUGACCACAUAAAUCAACAUGGAAGUGCUCAUACUGAUUGCAUUGUUACAGAAGAUUGUGAAGUUGCUGAGACUUUCUUAAGUCAAGUUGACAGUGCUGCUGUUUUCCACAAUGCAAGUACUAGAUUUUGUGAUGGAGCACGCUUUGGGCUCGGUGCAGAGGUUGGAAUAAGUACAAGUCGAAUUCAUGCUCGAGGCCCUGUAGGAGUUGAGGGUUUGUUGACAAAUAGAUGGAUAUUGAGAGGGAAUGGGCAUGUGGUUGAUGGUGAUCAAGGGAUCAUAUAUACUUACAAAGAGCUGCCACUAAAAACAUAGCUUUGCAUGAAGAACUUUGGUCAGAUUCAGGCUAAUAUGCUUACCUCAACAAAGCAACAUCUCUUUUCUAUUAUGAUGUGCAAAAGAUGUUUUGAUGCUGGCUACAUAAAAUUGAAACCAUCACUUGAUCCUUUCCAGGACCUUUUUCAUACCUGGAGGAAGUUCAAAGGGGGAAAUAAAUCAUAUGAAUGGUACUGUUUGAUUAUAGUGCACUUUGGUGACCUUUUAUAAAAUAUUCUGAGGUUGUAAAACAGCAAUGCUAUGACAGUUAUAUAUUCACUACAUACUAGUGAACUUGAAUAUUUAUAGAAAAGUUAUAUUUAAGUUAUUUGUUUUAUGCA